UUACAUUAAAAAUAACAACCUAAAAUCACCAAGUCCGAAUCCAUAAUUUAGUUUUAUAUUAUUUUCGUUUUAUUCUUACAAUGUGUGACGUUAUGUGUAAAUAAAACUAAACUAUUAAUAAUCCAUCAAACAUACGUAAAUUUAAAGUUACACAGAAGCACAAUUAGGAAAUCCUGAAAUAUAAUUUAUAUUAUACAUAAAGGAAACGUUCGAAAAUGGAGAAUAUUUGGCUUAAAUCUGAUUUAGCGGACGAAAUAAUGAAAAAUAAUGAUAUAUUUGAUCAAACGAAAAGCAUUGUAACAGAUAUUUUAUCCGGUCGGCUGGAAGUUACAACAUUACUCGAAAACAUGGCUGGAGUGUUAACAAACAAAGAAGUAGAUAACAGGGAAAAAGGAAUGAGAUUUUUUACUAAAACAUUAUCAGAAAUUCCAAAAGAUUUUCUCACGGAAAUGCAAAUAAAAUUCAUAUCAAAGUUUUAUACGGAUCGAUUAAAAGACCAUCAUAAAGUAAUACCAACAGUUUUGGAAGGGUAUCUUUAUAUUGUUGAUAUGACUCAUUAUAAUGUACAUUUUAGCGGAGAAUAUUUCACUAUAUUGUUCAGAGAGGUGGCCUGUCAGUCACAAGUGAGGCAAGACAGAUAUAAUAUUUAUUUAACGAUACUUAAGUUAUUGGAACGAGAUACCGAGUACAUGAAAACCCUCGGCCCAGACUUUAUAUAUGGAGUGAUAUCUUCGAUGGACGGUGAAAGAGACCCUCGAAAUCUGUUGUUCCUUUUCAAUUUUCUGCCAAAAUUUUUAGAAAAAAUACCCUUAGGGCAUUUAGUUGAAGAAAUGUUUGAAGUUAUAUCGUGUUACUACCCUAUUGAUUUCCAUCCCUCUCCAAAUGACCCAGCUCCGGUGUCAAGGGAUGAUUUAGCGGCUGCCCUUUGUCCCUGUUUGUGCGCAAUACCUGAGUUCGCUGAACAUUGCUUAGUGCUGUUAAUAGAAAAGUUAGACUCUAGCUUGAGGGUAGCCAAGAUUGAUUCAUUAAUUCUGUUGACUAAAAGUUGUAAUACAUUUAAAGCUGAAAGUUAUGCUCCAUUUCUUAAAGCAUUGUGGUCGUCCUUGCAUCGAGAGAUAACACAUAAAUCUGACGAAGUAUUAAAAUUAGCAGCUCACGAAUCAUUAUCAGCUUUAGUGGCAAAAUUGUCCACAAUAGCAAACACAGAUCAGUCCUUUGAGAAUUUCGUUAAAGGAAUACUCAUUUCCUUGCAAACUGCAUUAGCAGAAUCUACAACUGUAGCACAAUUUGUGCAAGGAACAAAAAUUUUACUAACCGUAGCUAACGCUUCAAAAGAGUCAUGUGAGAUUAUUACAAAGAUGAUGAUCCCAGCUAUUCUAGCUUAUUACGAAUUCAAAACUGUGUCAAAACUUCAAAUUGCUAGCUUGGAAUUUUUGGGAGACAUGUAUGAGUUGGCUCAACAUUGGGAUGUUUUAGAAAAUAUUGAAAAACAGGUGAAUGAAAUACCACAAGUAUGUUUAACAGCAGUAAGUGAAAGAACCAAAGAAUACCAAGUUGUAGGAUUCAGAACAUUAAUAAGAGUAAAAAAUGCUCUUAACAGUGAUCUUGUUGUACCAUUUAUUGAGAUUUUAACGUACAAUAUCCAACAUUCUGAAGACGAUGAGUUAUUAGGUAUAAGUGUGGAAACAGUACACGCUAUUGCAAGAAAAUAUCCAGAGUUGGUUAUGGAAUUUGUUGUCAAAGGUAAAUGUGAUGUACAGAAUUUGAUUCAGGAUAAAACGGCAUUACAAAAACGACUAAAUCUACUGUCUAGUCUAGCAAGUAUUGAUGAUUUUACUAAAAUAAUUAUUGAAGAAAUGCUUAAAGUGAUAGUUUCAAGUAACGAAGAAGCAUCCAAAGUCAUAAAAGCUCUAAGCAGUUCUUUAUCUAAUACAAGUUUAUACUCGAAUGAUAAAGUAGCUCAAAUAGAAAGUGAUCAUGGUUUGAUAGAUUCUGUUCUAACAUGGUUGGAUAAUGAAAUACUCACUGCAAAGGAACCAUUGGAACAUGGGUAUUCCUUAAUCUCGAAUACAAUUAGCAGUCUACCGAUAGAAAAACAGCUAAAUAUAUUAUCUAAACACACAACUAAUCUUUUAAAUAAGUGUUCUGUAAAUGAAAUUCACUUUCAAAUAUUAGAAUGUUUGUAUAGAUCAAUAAGACAGAAUGUAUAUAAUGAACAUUUUGAAAAGAUCUUUUCGUUAGCGUUAAAACUUGCUAUAAAUUCGGAUAAUGAUAUAGUACGUUUGAAAUCCUGCUAUUUAAUCGGUCAUUUCUUAAACAAGGCGGAGAAUGGACAAAAAUUUGAAUUGAUGUAUGAAUUAUUAAAGAAUUACCUCGCCUCAUGCAAUAGAGAUGAUUUGAACAUAUGUCCGAGAUUGAUAUUUUUGUAUGGUUGGAUUACCAAGGCUCUUGUUAUGAGAGGGAGUGAUCUGUUUCAAUUUUGGCUAAAUAAGAUAUUAAUAUCAAUAUCAAACCCAGAAUGCAGUCAACAAGGAUCAGAUGCUAUUAAAAUAGUUAUGGCUGAUUUCCCUGACUGUCUUAAUUCGAAACAUCAUUGCAGAACAAGUUUACUUUUCAAGCAGAGAAUGUUCCAGAGUUUUACUAAAAUAUCUGGUAAUGUAGUUCUUAGUCCGGAAGCGAAAGAGGCUUUUCUACUGAGUUGGGCGUACAUUUUAGAUAAGAUACCGAAAAGUGUACUUAAUAAUGAAGUAAAUAAGAUUGUUCCUUUAGCGAUUGAUGGAUUGGAAUACGACAAUAAAGAUCUUAUUUUGGUAAUGAUUGAUAUCUUAAUACAUUUCGUACAAGCGAAAAACAUGUCAAUCGCUCAGAGCUUACAGACUAUACUGCCGAGAAUAGUCAAUUUGACAACAUAUGUUAAAUCUAUGGAUGUAAGAAUAAAAAGCUUACAAUGCCUUUAUGAGAUAGCAAAUUCGUACGACACAAGAUUACUUCUACCCUACAAACAAGAUAUUUUAAUAGAUUUAGCGCCAUCUCUCGACGAUAAGAAGAGACUCGUUAGAAACAUGGCGGUCAAAGCUCGAACUAGAUGGUUCCUUGUCGGUGCACCUGGAGAAAAUAAAGAAACGUGAUGAAUAUAUUAUAUAAAUGUUAAAAAAUAAUAAAGUUUAUAUUUCGCCUUGUA